AUGGAUUUAGAUAGCUCCGACGAAGAAAUAUAUUUGUUAGCAAGAUUACUUGAAAUAGAACAUAGGAAACGUAAGCGCAAGCGGAAACAAAUAUGGCCGAUCGGCUCCGAUUGCGUGCCCGCUGCGGCCGCGCCGACCGCCAUUUUGAUAGCAACAUUUGAACGUAAUAGUUGUGCGUACUUGUACGAAAAGUUGAAUGAUGAAAAAUUAAUAAUACUCGUGUCAAAAUAUGAGUGUUUAUUUGACAUAACCAAGCCAUCAUAUAGCGAUCGGAUAAUGAAAGACAAUGCAUGGGAGGAAAUUAGCAAAUGUCUCGGAAUAAGUGUGACGCAGUGCCAGGAUCGUUGGAAGAAACUGCGAGAUAACUUCAGAAAAGCCUAUUAUAACCGAAAAGGCAAGAGUGGCGAUGGUGCAACUACGUCCAAAUUGAUAAAAUUUGAAAAAGAACUUUCUUUUAUAAUACCAUUUUUUCGCAAUCGAAACCAAAUAUCUAAUGUAACAUUAUCAUCGGAUGAUUCAGAGCCUGGCACAACAAUACCACCACCAUCGACAUCAUCUAAACGUUCUGACCAUUCUGAAGUUGAAUCGCUUGCAAGUACUUCUGGCUCGAAAAAGAGACCACGCUUAAGCAAAGAUGUUGCUACGGUUUUCGAAGAGUAUCUUGAAGAAAAAAGAAAUACUACACCCCGUGACAAGGCAUUACGUAAUUUUUUUUUGUCUAUGUCAGAUACAGUGGAAACAUUCCCAAAAGAAGUCCAAGCACGAAUUAAAAGGCGCGUGUUUAACAUUGUUAAUGAAGCUGAAUUAAGUCUGUAUGAAAAUAGUACAGAUUUGAAUUAUUCUCAGACAGCACUGUCGCAUCGUUUCAAAGGCUUGUGUGCAGCGAAUUUCUUGGAAGUUAUUUUCUACGAAUUAUAAUUUUUUUUUUUAUGAAUAAAUUUAUAGUUCAAUGCGUCCCAUAGCCCGUCAAGCAUAAGUUGCAAAUAAGCAAAGGAAACACUUUAAUCGGCAGAAGUAAAGAUCGUAGCGCCUUACUGAUUAAAAGAAAAUCUUUGAAUAACAAAAGAAAUGUAGCAUACCCAAUUUUUUGCCAAUGUCUUUGAUGGUAAUUCGAGACUUCAAAUAGAUUAAAAUACGAGCUGAACCUUGAACACUUAUUAAUAGUUAUUAACUGGUUUUAGUUAUCACGUAUUCAACCGCCCAACGGCAAUUAUUCUUUGUAUUUUGUAAUCCGGAUUGAAAGGUGAGUGCCAGAGCCAGUAUAAUUAGACACAAGGGAUGUAAUAUAUUCCCAUUAUUAUUUCAGCAAGGAAUAAUUUAUAUAUCUUAGAGUUUACUUGUGGUAGAGAUUUGUGCAAGCUCGUCUGGGUAGGUACCACCCACUCAUCAGAUAUUCUACCGAAAAACAGCAGUACUUGGUAUUGUUGUAUUUCGGUUUGAAGGGUGAGUGAGCCAGUGUAAUUACAGACACAAGGGACAAAACAUCUUAGUUCCCAAGGUUGGUGUCGCAUUGGUGAUGUAAGCGAUGGUUAACAUUUCUUACAAUGCCAAUGUCUAUGGGCAUUGGUGACCACUUACCAUCAGGAGGCCCAUAUGCUCGUCCGACUUCCUAUUCUAUAAAAAAAAGAGUGGAACAAAUAAUAUUCUCUUUGUAUACCUUAAUAUUUAUUUAUUUUUAAUUUAUAUAUUAUAUUCCCAUUUUAUCGGUUUUAUCCGCUUCAGAUCUGGCAGUUAGAUUAUUAUAAAUAAGAACUG